UCGAAUGAGAAGCAACCUUGGCAAUCAUGAGUCCACCGAGGUGACCAGGGAGGAGACCGCUUCCGAUCUUUUCAUACAUAUGCUCCAUGCUCUCUUCUCAAGUGAGAACCAGCUGAUUACAAUCUCUUGCCUGCCAAGCAAAACUCGGUUUGUCUUUUUCAAUACAUCUCGCAUUGUCUAGGAUCGGUUGCGUAAGGUUACAACGACGACAUCAUGGCCGAGAAAAUUAUGCCUCAUGAAGAUCACGAUGAUUUGGAGAAGCCCUCUCUCGAUGAACAUGUCGAGCAUACGGGUGAGGCUCUGUGGACCGACCCGAGGAUAACUACCUUCACGGUCGAGGAGCAGAAGAAGAUCGUAUGGCGCAUCGACAUUCGUCUCGUUCUCACCUUGGGCUUCCUUUACAUGAUUAGUUUGAUGGACAGGACGAAUCUGGGUGCUGCCAAUAUCGCAGGAAUGGCAACGGAGCUGAAGAUGAACGAUAAGAACAAUGCCUACACUGUUGUCUCUGUUGUCUUCUUCCUACCCUACGCCUUCUUCCAACCCGUGGCCACCGUGGUCAUCCGUGAGAUCGGCCCACGCAGAUUCCUAGCUGCUAUUGUCCUAUUCUGGGGAGCAACGAUGAUUGGAUUUGGUUUCGUGAAGAACUGGCAAACCAUGGCUGGCCUUCGAGUCAUCCUCGGUGCGCUCGAAGCUGGAUUCUAUCCAGGUUGCAUUUAUCUCCUCAGCACAUGGUAUCCCCGUUACCAGCUCCAGAAACGCAAUGCUGUCUUCUACCUGAUUGGAAGCAUGGCAUCAGCGUUCGCUGGUAUCCUAGCAUAUGGCCUCAUGCAACUGAACGGUCGAGCCGGUUUGACCGGCUGGAGAUGGAUCUUCAUCAUCGAAGGAGUCCUAACCUGCGUCCUCGGAAUCUUCUCCUACAUCAUGAUAGUCGAUUUCCCCGAGCUCUCCCCCACCUCCUGGAACUUCCUCAACGAGAAAGAAGCCGACUUCGUCGUCGCCCGCAUCGAGCACGACCGCGCCGACAUCCAAGUCGAGCCCUUCCACCUCGGCACCUACCUGCGCAACGGCCUCGACUGGAAGAUCUGGGGCUUCUCGAUGCUCUAUGUCUUGACGACCACUAAUUCAUACGCUAUUGCCUAUUUCCUCCCCAUCAUUCUUAGAGAUGGCAUGGGCUUCGACAUCGCCAAGGCGCAGUGUCUCGUUGCGCCUCCUUAUGUGGCGGCUGCGAUUGUGAUGUUCGUUCAAGCGUAUUAUGGCGAUAAAUGGCACCUCCGCGGCCCUAUCAUCGUCUUUAACGCUGCUAUGGGAAUCCUCGGCCUCGGCCUCCUCGGCUACACACACAACCAAGCCCUCCGCUACUUCGGCGUCUUCCUCGCCACAACCGCCUGCAACGCCAACUGCCCCGCCCUCGUAACCUACCAAGCGAACAACGUGCGCGGACAAUGGAAGCGCGCCCUGACAUCCGCGACGCUGAUCGGCGGCGGCGCCAUCGGGGGUAUUAUCGGGACGACGGUGUUCAGAGCGAAGGAUGCGCCCGGGUAUAAGCCGGGGAUCUUGACGUGUUUGAUUGCGAAUGCGUUGAUUAUUGUUAUUACGGCGGCGUUGACGCUGAAAUUUUGGAGGGCGAAUAACAGGGUGAGAGCCGGGGGGAAGAUGAUUGAGGGGCAGGCGGGGUUUUUGUAUACUUAUUGA